AUCAAUCUAGCAAGAUCUGGGGUCUAUCCUCCACAAAAUUUCAGACCCAUAUCUAAUGCUCCAUGUGGUAAGAAAUGUGCAGAGCAAAUGGUUCUUUUCCAAACAAAUGAUUGGACACCGCAUGAUCAUGAUCUGAGUUAUCUGAGUUCUGCGUAAUGGUAUCCCAUGUGGGAUGAUGAGUCAGACAUGCAACCCAGAUAAGGAAAUUUCUUUAUCUCAUAAAUGCUAACACCUCCACUCUCCAGGCUCCAAUCUCUUGCGAGAUAAUACCGUUGUUUUAUUGGGUUUUCAUUUUCAAAGCCCUGGAUCUCAUGUGCUUGUGACCUCUUCUCUUGUGUGUUCAGAUAGGACUGUCAGGCUGCCUGACCGUCGUUUCUGUCAGGCUAUUAAAACCCAGGAAGAAGAGAAAAAGGAAAGUGCUGAAGAGGCGGGAAGAAGCAAAUAGCAGCGUCUCUGUACUGUAGUCUAUAUUCUGUACUUUGUAGAACCGCUAGAGAGAGAGAGAGAGAGAGAAGACAGACUUGCAGACUGUUUGAUUGUCAAAGUUAUUCCGAUUCAACACCAUAUCUUUUCUUGACUUUGAUUUUUUUUAUUUUGAUUUUGAUUUUGAUUUUGAUUUUGGAUGACUUCAUACUUUCUCUUGAAAUUUCAGUGAUUUUACUGCUUAGGGUAUUUAUAGUUCAUAUCACAUCUGUCUAAAAUCAAUGAAGUUGUUCGUUUUGUGACUGGGUUUUUGGCUUUUGCUGUAUGAGUUCAUCAUUUUUUUGUACACCUUUUACUGCACAGAGAAGGACCAAACAAGACAUCGCUGGAAGGGUAGGGUGACUUUGUGUAGACCACAUGCUUGUGGUAAGGUUUGUAUGAAGUCCACCUGCAGAGGCACAAGUUGAGCAACACCCUAUUGAUAUUAUGGAAGCAAGACCACCCGAUGGUGAUCCACCAAUAGGUGGGGAAAGUAAUGAGCAUGUAACAGAAAGUGAUUGUGCCAGGAUAGAGGUUGAUGAUGGAGCUCAGAAAGAGAAGAGUAUCAUGCCUGUGCCACCUGUUGUAGGUAUGGGGUUUGAUUUUGCAAGGGCAGAGAUACAUGAUGGAGCUCAGAAAGAGAAAAUUAUUGUGCCACCUUUUGUAGGUAUGGAGUUUGAAUCCUAUGAUGAUGCUUAUGAUUAUUACAAUUGUUACGCUAUGGAACUUGGAUUUGGUGUUCGAGUAAGGAACUCAUAUUGUGGUAAAACGACCAAGGAAAAAAUAGGUGCGGUCUUGUGUUGUAGUUGUGAGGGGUAUAAAGAGAAAAUUGGCUCAAUCCGUCUUAAACCAGAAACAAGAACUGGUUGUUUGGCAAUGAUAAGACUUAAGUUAAUCUCCAAGAAUUGGCAAAUUACUGAAGUAAAACUGGAACACAAUCAUGUGAAUAUUCCAGAAAGUGUUCGUCUUUUUAAAUUCCACAAGAACAUAAGUUCUGGAAUUAAAAGAAAGCUCCAGUCUGUGGAUGCUGGGGGUUAUGCAAACUUAAAUUCUGAUGAUAAAGAUGCCAGUGAUUUUGUUGGGAAUCGCAAGCGAUUGAAAUUUCAAGAAGGUGAUGCUCAAGCCCUUUAUAAUUACUUCUGUCACAUGCAAUUGACGAGUUCAAAUUUCUUUUACGUGAUGGAUGUCAGUGACAAUGGGCAUUUACGAAAUGUGUUCUGGGCUGAUGCAAGGUUUCGGGCUGCAUAUGGUUACUUUGGAGAUGUUGUAGCAUUUGAGACGACAUACUUGAAAAAUAAAUAUGAGAUGUCAUUUGCACCAUUUGUCGGUGUAAACCACCAUGGGAACACUAUAUUGUUGGGUUGUGGUUUGCUUGCAGAUGAGACAACUGAAUCAUUUGUGUGGUUAUUCAAGGCAUGGCUUUCAUGUAUGUCAGGGAGUGCUCCAUCUGCAAUAAUUACUGAUCAAUGUAAAGCCAUUCAAGAAGCUAUAGCUGUGGUAUUCCCAAAUACCCAUCAUCGCCUUUGUUUGUGGCACAUCAUGCAAAAAUUUCCAGACCAGUUGGGUGCGCUACAGGAGUAUGAAUCAAUUAAGAAAGCAAUGGGCAUAGCAGUGUAUGACUCUCUGACAGUAAGUGAAUUUGAAGCAGCUUGGGAAAAUUUGAUCCAAAGUUAUGGAAUUGGUCAUAAUGAAUGGAUUCGAACAUUGUAUGAACAUAGAAAAAUAUGGGUACCCGUUUUUCUAAGGGGUACUUUUUUUGCUGGAAUGUCAACCACCCAAAGAAGUGAGAAGAUAUAUUCUUUUUUUGAUGGAUAUGUGCAUCAGACAACUUCUCUUAAGGAGUUUCUUGAUAAGUAUGAGCUAACUCUACACAAGAAGUAUGAGAUAGAAUCCAAAUUUGAUUUUGAAUCAAGACAUCGUAAGCUUGUUUUGAAAACAAAAUGUAGUUAUGAAAGACAACUCUCUGAACUGUAUACAAAUUCCAUAUUUAAGAAGUUCCAACAUGAGAUUGAGGAUAUGGUUUUAUGUUUUAACACAUCUCAAGUCAAUGUUGAUGGGCCAACCAUAAAAUAUAUAGUUAAAGAGCAUUAUGCAGGUGGAGCAAAUGGCAGAAUGAUUAGGGAUUAUGAGGUCUUAUACAAUUCAGAUGAAAUAGAAGUUUCUUGCAUUUGCAAUUGGUUUGACUUUAAAGGAUAUCUUUGUAGGCAUGCAUUGAGUGUUCUCAACUAUAAUGAUGUGCGGGAAGUUCCAUCCAAGUACAUUUUGCCUCGUUGGAGAAAGGAUUUCAAGCGUAUAUAUGUUGCUCAUAAAAGCCAAGUUGUCGAUGUUAAAAAUUCUGUCAAGUGGUAUGAUCAAUUAUACUCACGUGCUAUCCAGACUGUGGAGGAAGGGGUAAUAUCUGAAGAAAACUACACUCUUGUUUUGCAAGGGCUGGAGGAGGUGUUGGCUAAGAUUCAUGGUACAGAAAAAAAUGCUUCAAAUAACACACCCACACCAGCACAACCAACUAUAACGAAAGUAAACUCAUUCCAGUGCUGAUUUUAACUUAUUUGUAUCCUUAAACCAGUGCAUGAUGAUAGAGCAAUGGAUCUGCACAUCCUUCUGAAGCCUUUCCUCUUAAUCAUUUUGAGUCUACUUUCCAGUCUUUAUGGUUAAAUGUUUCAGAGAAAUAAGAGUUGGGUUUGAUAUAUUUAUUUUGAAAAUAUAAGGAAGACAAGACAUGACGAUUCGAACCCAGAUUCUUUUCUUAGGCAUAAUAUCCAUUAUCAUAUGCAAUUCCCUCCCGUCUUUUUAAUCCUACUUGCAUCCAUUGCUUGAUGGAAGGAGACCUUGGUUGACAUACCCAGCUCUGAGGUAGGAGAACCUGAUGAAGGGAGGGCCCUGAUAAAGGGAAAGAGGAAAAGGAAUAGGUAUCCACUUCCUCCCCUCCAUCCCCCCCCCCCUUCUUUUGGAUUCGAGCAUGCCCGUACAUGGGAGGCCCGAAUCAUACCAUCAUGCCUUUAGUGUCAAAUUAUGGUUGGUUCCUAAAUUUUGUCAACAUGUCCAUGCCAUCAUCCUUGAUUAAUUUUUUUUUUUUUUUUGGUGAAUAAUUGAUUAAAAUUUUAGACCUAUCUUACAUCCCCAAGUGUCAUUGUAGAAGCUCAAAAGCUGAGAAAUCUAUGAAGUGAACUCGACAACUGUUAAAAAAAAUCAAUGGAUAAGCCAUACAUGGUAGGUCAUACAUUUAGAUAAGCAGGUCCCAAAUGUUGAAAAAUGUAAUGUCUAUUUAAAAAUUUUUAAACACCUUUUUUGUUAGUUUUCUAAAAUGGUUUGAUUUGCAGGGUCCAUGAGUAUACGUGCUGAGAGGUUUACUUCACCUCUUUCCUUCAUCAGUUUCAUCUAUUUCUUUUGGAUAGUUCUUUGCUCACAUCUGAUAAGCAUUUCAUUGUUGUUUUUUCUGCAGUGACAAUUCAUUUCCUUUGGCAAGCUGGGAAUAUAAGCUGUUUCCAUGACCAUUGUCUCAAUCCCAAUAUGGAUUCUGAACCAGAUUAUUUGUUGGUUUGCUGAUAUGCAUGUUUUUAAGUUUAUUUCUGCGUCUGUUGUUGCAUCAUUCAUUCCAUAUCCUUUCUCCCCACCCCUUUCUUCCCCUUCUACAAUCGUUUUUUUUUUUGGUGAAGAUAGAUCUAUUCAGAAGCAAGUAUGGGACACAUGGAUGAUGAACUACAAAUUUCCAACAACCAUGGAGUGGAGUUUGGCCAAAUUGUUGUACACUGUAUUGUCAGGGACUUCCAAGCUAAAGAGUCGGCAAAUUGGACUGUUACAUGCGAGGAAAAAUUGGACUAAGUUACAAAUGUCGGAAACAAUUGGCUGAAGUGAAAAAGGAACAAGCUCUUCUGGAUCCUGGAUAUAUGAGAUGACCUCCUUGUUAUCAGUCAUUGAUGUAGUUGGUACCAAGAUAAAUUCCUUCCAAAAUUCCACUAUGAAUGGCCAGUGCUUCCCCUUCAGGAACUGUUACAAAAUAAAGAAAUCUCGGAUAUGGCGAGGCAGGGAUUACUUCAUGAUUUCAGAUAAUCACUCCAAUACCACAUUUUUGUGUUCUUGGAUUCAUUGAAGCAUCACAGUUUAUCUUGAGGAAGGGCUGGACCAGAGGCGCCCAUGUUUUUGGAUCUAGAACCAGAACAGUAGCUGAUUCAGUAUAUUUCUUACAAGGAUGAUAGGCCUGAAGGAACUCAAAGUGGGCAUUCUGAGCAGCAACUUCAAUAACCUCCGUAGGUUCCCAAUUCCGAGUGCCAAAAGCAAGGUCGUUGUGACAACUGAGUUGGACUCUGUAAAACUUUCUAUCCAUUAUUAUAAAUGAAGAGGACUGGUGUCAUAUUUGAUACAAGUCAUUAUCCCAUCCAA